CUCGAUCAAAACCCCCCGUCCCGACAUCUCAAUGGGCAUACAACUCUCGGCUCUCAUCUCUGCUCUCUCGUCGCAAAAUCUCAACAAGGUCAAGGCCAGGACAUUCCUCACAUGGCUCCAGAACGAGAUGGUGCAGCACGAGCCAGACGGGCCGCUUGAACCAAUGCUGAUUCCAGUACCCGCCCCACGCGCCUUAGAUCUCGCCUUCCCAUUUGCUGUUGUUGAGGGCAAGGCCUACUCGACCGGCAAACAAAUCUUCGAGGCAAAAAACCAAGCUGCAGUUUCCGGGGCUUGUGGACUCAAGAUACAGCUUGAUCUGGAUAACCUGGUAGAUCGCGGAGCAACAGGUUCCGAUGCUCUGCCCACAGCCUCGAACACCGAACCCCCGCUCUUCUUCACUAUCUGCACCCAAGGCCCCAUCCACGAGCUCUGGGCCCACUGGACCCUCGUUGAAGAUGGUGUGCGCAUGUUCGGAUCGACGCUUUUGGACAGUUGUAAUGCGUUAUUGCUGGAUCAGGGGGAGGACUUUGUGGUUGGGCUCAAUAAUAUCGGCCUUUGGGGUUUAGGGCCGUUUAUGAAAUCGGUGGUGGAGCGCCUGGGGAUAGUGGCGGGGAAGGCAAAGGCUUAGUCAUUAGUGAAUUCGCUUGCGAAUCGAACAAAUCCUCACCCUCGUGCUCCUCACACGAAGAAGACGGAGAAUCAAAUAAUGAUUCCGCCUUCGAACUCCCUUCAGCGCAAUGCUAUAGUACCAUUAUUUCACUAGCUUAGCUUGUUGGCCGUAAGGCUUUGCUAAUGCAGAUAUCGGAAUAUAGCUGAGCGAGGGUGUGGUACAGCGUCCAGAUCUUGUGCUUGGCCUUAAGGAGUGCUGCAACGUUGUGCGUUGUGGCCUGAUAUCAGGAUGUGCCUUCUUUGGUCUAGCGUCUAGUUGCUCCGGGAUUUGGCGAUUCCACAAGGGCCGAUGCUGGGCACGUAGAAACAUUCUACAACAGACAAGGGGCGCUUGCCAAAAGUCAACGUGAAGUGGCUGUUGCGGCACAGUAUUAUUGGCGCGUGCUGCAAAACGCCAUGAAACGCCAAAGCAUCUUCCACGUUACAUUCACCGUAGUUGUCCAUGUGC